AUGAAGUCCGAAAUUUCCGUUGGUACAGCGACGGCAGCGCUGUUGGCAGUCGCCUCGUUUGGACGCGCUCAGACGUCUCCCUUUUCUGUCGCUUCUAUCGCCGACAUCAAGCAAAGCGCCAGCACUUUAGCAUGGGACAUGCUUCAGUACUAUCAGGGCAACGUGUCUGGGAACACACCAGGCAUCUUACCCGGACCGCCACCUCAGGGCGACUACUACUGGUGGGAAGGCGGUGCGAUGUGGGGGACGUUGAUCGACUAUUGGUAUUGGACGGGUGAUUCGACUUACAAUAAUGAGAUUAUGCAAGCGAUGCAGUUCCAGGUCGGCGAGAACAAGGACUAUAUGCCCCGAAAUGUUACCGCAUCCCUUGGCAAUGAUGAUCAAGCCUUCUGGGGCAUGGCUGCCAUGUCUGCCGCUGAGAACGGCUUUCCUAACCCUCCGACCGACAAACCACAAUGGCUGGAGCUUGCUCAAGCCGUCUUCAAUACUCAGGCCAGUCCUGAUCGCCACGAUUCGACCUGCGGUGGCGGCCUUCGGUGGCAAAUUCCGUUUGCCAAUAACGGCUAUGAUUAUAAGAACAGUAUUGCCAACGGCUGCUUCCUCAAUAUCGGAGCACGAUUAUUUCGGUACACUGGAAAUACCACAUACUCAGGCUGGGCCGAAAAGACGUGGGAUUGGAUGUGGAAGAUUGGGUUCAUUGACAACAAAAGCUACGCCGUUUACGACGGUGCCAAGGUCGACAAAGACUGUACCAACAUAAACAGGGCCGAGUUCUCGUACAACAACGCCGUUCUCGCUGAAGGCGUUGCCUUCAUGUACAAUGUGACCAACGGUAAUGCAACAUGGAAAGAAAGACUUGAUGGCUUGAUUAAACAUGGCUUAGAGACAUUCCUCAACAAGGGAAUUGCCGUCGAGAUCUCAUGCGAAAACGUUGGCACUUGCACCACCGAUAUGUUGACUUUCAAAGGUUUCCUUCAUCGAUGGUAUUCAACCAUCACCCAGAUUGCACCGUACACAGCCGACACGAUUCGCCCAAUUCUCCUGACGUCUGCCGAGGCUGCCAUUAAACAAUGCACCGGCGGUGCCCGCGGUAGGCAAUGCGGUUUCAAAUGGGCCAGCGGCGUCUACGAUGGCAAGACUGGCGCCGGUCAGGAAAUGUCGGUUCUAUCCGCAGUCGUGUCCCUUCUUAUUCCCGACGCCAAGACUCCAAUGACCGAGAAGAAUGGUGGUACCUCCAAGGGCAACCCCAACGCUGGCGGCAGUGGCGACGACGCGAUUAAGAAGCCGCAGCCCAUCACGACGGCAGACAAGGCCGGGGCUGGAAUUCUGACUUUGCUGCUUCUGGGGUCAGCCUGCGGUGUCUUUGGAUGGAUGAGCGUGGGAGUUUAG